AUGGCUACUGUUCGCAUUUGUGUCUGCGGUGACGAGGCCACCGGGAAGAGCUCCCUCAUCACCUCCCUCGUUAAGGACGUCUUUGUCCCGAAGAUCCAGAGCGUCCUCCCACCAGUGACGCUUCCGCCCACGCUGGGCACCCCCGAGAAUGUUACCACUACCGUCGUCGACACCUCCGCCCUGCCGCAGGAGCGCGACAAGCUUCGCAAGGAGCUCCGCAAGUCCAACGUCAUCCUUCUCGUCUACUCAGACCACUACAGCUAUGAGCGUGUUGCGCUCUUUUGGAUGCCCUACUUCCGCUCUCUUGGUGUGAACGUGCCGGUGGUUCUCUGUGCCAACAAGUCCGAUUUGCAGACAAAUGGAAGCACGUCGCAGGUGGUGGCCGACGAGAUGUUGCCGGUGAUGAACGAGUUCAAGGAAAUCGAUUCAUGCAUCCGUACAAGUGCUAAGGAGCACCAUAACAUAAACGAGGUCUUCUUCCUCUGUCAAAAAGCGGUUACGCAUCCGAUUGCCCCGCUCUACGACUCGAAGGAAGCGAACCUGAAGCCAGCUGCGGUAGCAGCUUUGCGGCGGAUAUUCUAUCUGUGUGACAGGGAUCAGGAUGGCUACCUCAACGACGCAGAAAUGCACGCUUUCCAGUUGAAGUGCUUCGAAAAGCCGUUGUCUGAAGAUGACCUGUCCAACAUCAAGCGCUCAAUACAAAAAAUGUCCCCGCAAUCUGCAAAUGAGAAGGGUAUUGACGAGAAAGGAUUCUUGCUGCUGCACAAAAUCUUCGCUGAGAAAGGGCGCCAUGAGACAAUAUGGAUUAUUUUGCGGAAAUACCACUACACUGACAGUCUCAGUCUCAAAGACACAUUCCUUCACCCCAAGUUCGAUGUGCCCCAGUAUUCCUCUGCGGAGCUCAGCCCCGCGGGCUACCGUUUCUUCGUCGACCUUUUCCUCCUUCACGACAAAGACAAUGACGGUGGCCUGAACGAUGCUGAACUGGCAACCUUAUUCCUACCCACGCCUGGUCUACCUCCAUCCUGGGUAGACUCGGCGUUCCCGUCGUGUACAGUACGCAACGAAGCCGGACACAUUACACUUCAAGGUUGGCUUGCACAGUGGAGCAUGACAACUUUUGAGGAACCGAAGACGACUCUCGAGUAUCUCGCUUACCUUGGUUUCGAGAGCUCGGAUCGUGGUGGUACUACCGCCGCACUCAAAGUGUCGAAGGCACGCAAGAGGCGCAACCGCCCCGGUAGAGUCGAGCGGAACGUGGUACUUUGCUACGUACUCGGUGCAAGCGGUAGUGGCAAGAGCUCGCUGCUCAAUGCGUUCCUCAACCGCCCCUUCAGUCCGAUGCACCACCCUACAAUCAAGCCACACUCGGCGGUGAACAGUGUGGAACUUCAAGGAGGAAAGCAAUGCUACUUGAUCCUGGAGGAGCUCGGGGAACUUGAGCCAGCAAUUUUGGAGAACCAAGCAAAGCUGGACGCCUGCGACCUGCUCUGCUAUACGUACGACUCGAGCGACCCGGAGAGCUUCGACUAUAUCGUGCAGCUCCGAAAAAGAUAUCCGCACCUCGACGCGCUGCCGGCCGUCUACACCGCACUGAAGGCCGACCAGGACAAGGCCAUGCAGCGGACCGAGAUGCAACCGGACGAGUACACGAGCGCUUUGAACAUGGCAGCACCGCUCCACGUAUCCGUGACGUGGAACACCAUCUCCGAAUUCUUCGUACAUCUUGCCGAAUGCGCUACGCAUCCCUCUACCGCAUUUCCCAAGUCGGACGAGGAGCCGGUCGACAACACCAGUCUGUACCUGGCCCUGGGCGCAACGGUCUGCGCGACGGCCGCAUUCGUGUUCAUUUGGAGGAAAAACUCCACGGUUGCGUGA